CUGCCAGACCCACUUGUUUAGAAUUAGGGAAAGGUUGUGGUGUGGGUUAAAAUUCAGCCCUUCACAACAUUUAUCCUGUGCUUCAAAAUGAUGCCUAAGGAUAGCCAGUGCAUCUCAUCAAUAUAAGAUAAGUUGGGAGUAAGAACAUGCUCCGCUGUGAGGCUUUUUUUCUUUUCAUUUUACAAUCCGUGCCUUCCCUUCUUUUGAAAAUUAAAUAUAAUUUUGGAGUUACAGAGCCUAUAAAUGGAGUCGUGGAAUGAAUAAGUAAGCCAGCAUAAAAGUAGGGUUCAAUGGCUAUGAUGGCAAUCAGCAAGAAUCUGCACUAACAAUACCCUGCUGACUACAGAGAGGACACAGCACAGGACUCUGCUCCCAUUUAUGUGAAGAAAAUUAUAUUUGAAUUGAAAUGGAGAAAGAUAAAAGGUUUGCACAGGGGAGUUUAAUACUGAGGCUGACAGAGAUCCAACCCACAAUCACGUACAGGUACCUGGAUAAAAUAAAAUAUUGAAUGGCAAGAAUAACUGGAAAGCUUGACGACAGUGAGUUGAAGGACAAUCUGGCAACUGAACGAGCAACGGGAGGAAUGACACACAAAACAUAGACAGGAAGUACAAAAACAAAUUGGGAAACAUGAAGGGAGGGCCUUGUUCUCCUCUCCGCCGCCAAGAGUAGCAAAGGCAGAGAAGAGUGGCUUCUCUGGCUGUGGUGGUGCAGGAAUGCGGAUAUGAUGAAAAUGUUUUAGACGCAGCUAUCCUCAGUAAACUACCGCCACUGAGCGUCGAGGGCGUCGCGAGGAUUAUUAUUCAUUUUUUUGCACGUCAACAACAUCUGGACAGAGCAGAGACCCGGUUACACUGCCAGCUAAACUUACGGAAAAGUUUUUGGACUCGAAGCUGCUCCUUCACCCAGUUUCCUUUCUCUUCCUAACGUCUCGGGAAACGAGUUGGAGGAAGCGAGGAUGGGAGUAAAUCACUUCUGAAGCACCGGAGUUGUCAUGUUUGAAAGCCUGUGCUGAUGAUGAGGCGUUGGUUUUCACAGCAUUGAAGGCUGAGGACAGGGAGAAACUACUUCUGCUGUUUUGUUUCCCCAAAAAAGACGACUGUCUCAUGUCCAAGGAGACUGUCCUUCAUCCGGAUGGGCUGGCAGAGCCAGCGAAGGGCCCAGGGCAGGAGACAAGUCCCCUGCUGUCAGCCACACACGAUGCUCGUGACAAUGAAUCAUCAGGGAGAACAUCAUCUCCCAGGAAACCAGCCGCUGAAGGACCGAGUCACGUGACGGAGGAGAAGCCUAAUUAUUGCGAGCCUGUAAGAACUCAACCCCAGUCUGAGUCUAAGCCAGUGCCCACAGAGACUGCUGAAGAAGACACUGCCAAGGAUCAAAAUGGCUUUCACCAUAGCACCGCUGGCACACCCGUGCUGAAUAAUGGCAACGGAAUCCACCCCGGCGGAUCGCAGGCCACGCGGACGUGUUCCUGUGGUGCAACCAUCAGCACGAACGCCACGGGCGGGUCACGUCCUGGCUCAGGGGCAGCGACUGCUACUCCAAUGACAGAGCAGCCCAGGAAGCAACCGUCCACGCCUGUGUCGCAGAGGAUGCAGAGAAAAUUGCGGUCCAGCCUGUCGGUGAACAGCGACAGCAGCCGACGCAGCAAAGGGAGUUCAACAGGGUCACAGAAACCUCCUUUACCUGAAGACUGCUGCGUUCACUGCAUCUUGGCCUGCCUUUUCUGUGAGUUCCUGACGCUUUGCAACAUGGUGGUGGCCCAGGCCUCAUGUGGCGCAUGCACAUCAGAGGUUUGCUGCUGCUGCUGCUGCACCGACGAUCUGGGCGACGACUGCAACUGCCCCUGUGAUAUGGACUGUGGCAUAAUGGAUGCUUGCUGCGAGUCCUCAGAUUGCCUGGAAAUCUGCAUGGAGUGCUGCGGCAUCUGCUUCCCCACAUAGACAGGCCUGUGUUGGUGUGGACCAGGGUGAUAAGCAAGACCCCGAAUGAAAGUAUUAGAAGGAAGCUGCUGCUGCUGUCACUUUGGAAUUCAGCAAAGGAUAGAGGAGAAAAUGUGCACGGUGGUUGGCGUAUGUUUUCGUGAAGGUCCUGUUUUUUGUGUGCCUGACUUUUCAGUAUGUGCAAACUAGCCUGGUUUGUAAAGCAUGCUUUGAAAGAUGGAUUUCAACACUGGGCUUCUCCAUCUAAACCAUCCAGAUAUAUGAACUCGUCAGUUAAAUCUUCAGCGUAUUGUAAGUAUUCCAUCUGUUGCUAAAAGCAGUAUAGUAGAGAUUUGAUUGUUACAUCAGGAAUGCUGUCUAAUUGUAUCACAUCUUGCUUCUAUUUAGUCAUUUUGGUGACUGACAUGUUGCAUUUACAAAAUAACAUUUAUUCUGUUUUCAUUUUAAAUACUUUGUUUUUUUUAUUAUCAGAAACUUAGAUUUGCAGUCUUUACAACACUGUAAAAACUUUAUGUGAUGGUUCAUACAUUCUUCAUUGCAUACUGUACUUCUGCGAGACAGACUUCUAUUUAGACAUAUCUACUGUAGUACUGUAGAACAGUUGAAACUGGUGAAAUGUUUAAGGUGAAUCAGGACUUCCCAUUAUCUGCUACUUUCUGCCACUGAAGGUAAGGGUGACAUUACAUUUCUAUUUUAAGCAUUUUGUAAAUGCUGGAAACGUUUAUUAUUUUAUACAGAGGGUCGUAAUUGUCUGCAAUAUUUUACCAGGUGUUUUAAUGGUUGGGAUGUAUUAUUUCACUAAAAAGUGUCAUCUCACACCUGAUUUGGCAGUGUUUGAAGCCUUGGGUUUACUGGAAAUACAGUGCAGUUACUUUUUUAUAUCAAGAAGCUCUUAAUAAUCUGCAAUAAGAUGUACAAUGUGUGUGGCUUUUAUUUCUAUGAGAGUCCUCCUCUAAUGUUAGCCGUCAAUGAAUAGGCUUAGCCGGCCUUUUCUUUGAUGCUAUUUUGCAUUCAUACUGUGGAAGUAUGACUUGUUGAACUGCACUCUGUUCACGAGGGCUGUGAUAAGGAAUUAAAAAUGGUGACCCUAGUUGCCACUUAAGCCGCUUUUGGGUAUCAAGCCCAGAGAGUGAAUGCGCAAAAAAAAAAAAAAUGUUAUCAUGAACUGUCAUUUUUUUUAAAAAAAAUUGUAAACCAAAGCAGGGUAAAAGCAGUUUCCUUCUGUCUCUCUUUUUUUCUCAUCCUUAAUUCUGUGUAUCUCGAGAUGAGUUUGUAGUGAAUCACCAGCAGAGUCAUUUUCUUGUCUUGGAGAUCCACUUUGAUGUUGUUUAAGUGGUGAUGCUUAAAGCUGGCCCUCAUUAGCACUGCUUACUAAAUGGUAACAAAAAAAAUAAAAACGGUCCCUUCCUAAUGGCAUCAAAGAUAAUGUGCUGUCAUGUACGGCUCGUCUUAAUGGCACACUGUUAUGUGUAUAAAGAGGCUGGAUGGGCACCUCUUCAGUAGAUAAUGUGCAGAAAGUAAACCUCAUUUUCAUGUUUAUGAUUAACUCAAAGCAGGAGUUUGUUACAGGCUAAGGAGUGUCAAGAAAACACUAUAUAGAUAAUGUGAAGAAUUUAUCUUUAAAUAAAAGAAAAAGUAUACAGUAUGUAGUCGUCGUCUUGCACAAUACUGUUAUGCUUUAUGUUGUGCUUUUUUCCUCGAUUCUUUCCAUUUCCAUCUGGAUACAUCAGCUCAUUUAAUUGUCUUCCAAUACCUUGAAAUUCAAUGAAAGUUUUUUUUUUUUUUAAAUAAAACUUUACUUAAAAUGAUGAUUGUUUUGAUCUUCUUUUUCUAAAAGAUCAGAGUUUAAUGUGCGCCAGCUCUUUAUCAUAUUCCAGUUGUGCAACAUGUGACUAACACGUCUGCCUUCAUUUCACGUUUGAGUCUUUUGUAAAGCCGUUUGCCACAUAGUCCUGAUUCACCACCCAUUUCCUCAUAUUUUGCGUCCAAGGAGCCAGACAUUCUUGUUAUUUAAAGAAAAAAAAAAAAAAAA